GUCAAAUUGGAAGAUGGAUACCUCAGAGGAUAACGCUAUCUACAGUGAUCACGUCUUGUUUACAACCGAGAUAGAAAGUGUUAUCAACUGUGCCGAGUUGUGCACCGCGAAAUGUUCAUCAUUCAGCUAUUCGUACAAACCAAAGGAGUGCCGAGGGUACGGGGAUCGUUUGUUAGGACGACUUCAUCGUAAUGCAACCUUCCUAUGGAAGAGGUCGUGUAGGGCGGCCAAGUAUACAUACGAUCCCGCAUUUGGUACAUGUGUGCGGCUAUUCAACAUCCGGAAGAAUUGGACCAUGGCAUCCGACGUCUGUACCUAUGAUGGAACCCAUCUGCUCAUAGCUGAUACAAUUGAAAAAGUACAAGCAUCCCAGAACGGUGUACACAGCAGUAAAUUUUUAAGGGCAAGUCGAUGGUGGAUUGGCGGAUACGACUAUGAUGAGGGUUCUGCUAACAACUUCAAAUGGGUGAACGGAGUUUCAAUCAGUGUAACCAGCAACAUAUGGUACCCUACCGAGCCGAAUGAUCCUAGCGAGAGAUGUGUAAACCUUUUGCCAUCUUCAGGAUAUCUUCAUGACCUUAAUUGCUCUGAGGAAGAAUUCUUCGUUUGUCAGGAACAUUAGAGAAGCCUGGCAAUUAAAGAACAUGAAUCUGAUAUUCACCAAGCUCAGAUUGGUUUGAUAUUAACAAUUUAAAGGAAAUUUGAGGCUGGCUGUCUUAGAAUCCUCACCACUUUUUCCUGGAUAGACUUUUCUCUGAAAACAUGUCUUUUCGACAGUCCUUGAUAUACAUCAACCGAAUUAAAAUAUCUCUAAGAC